GGUAGGUAGCUUCUUCCAUCCAUCCAUUCAUUGAUCGAUCACCAGAUCCCCCGGCUGCGCCGUACCACGUCAUCCGCCUCGACGAGCCUCUAGGCACCAGUAGGCACCAUUAGCCCAACAUGUCACCUCAGCCAUAGCCGACCUAAGCUCGACAGCCAUAACAAUGGCCUUCUCCCCCGUCCUUCUCCAUCAUAAGCCCUCCCUAGACGAGGUCCCGACAUUAAUAUCUUGCUGACCGCGCUGACCACAACCACAACCAUGGACUUCCUCUACCGCACCCGGCGGUCUUCCGUCACGGAAUCCGACCUCCUCCGCGUCUUGUUGGCCGACCGCGUUGUCGGCGCCCUCAUCGGCUCCGCCCUCGGCGACGCAAUCGGCCUCUACACCGAAUUCCUCUCUGCCGCAGAGUCAGAGAAAGCCUACCCGCACAAGCGCUUCGUCCUGUCUACCGUAUCCUCCCCGAACUCGCAAGACCAAGCAGGACCAACAUCCUUCAAAGUUGACCACCACCGUGCCCCGCAUACGCCUGGAGACUGGACAGACGAUACCGAUCACUGUCUCCUCAUCCUGCUUUCCUUCCUACACACGGCCAAAACACCCGGACCCGGCGUCGCUCCCUUGAAACCCGUACCAAUUUCUUUGGACGAUGGCCAUGGCACUGCUUUCGCCGUGGAGAUUGCCUCUCAAUCGCUCCCCACCCCUGUGGACCUCGCCAGCCGCCUUUCCAUCUGGGUCCAAUGCGGCCUGCGGCCCCUCGACACGCCCCCCCUCGGUCUCGGCUCGCUCGUCGGCGCCGUGGUAAAAUCACCCGAUUUCUUGCGCGACCCUGUCCGCGUUGCGCGCGAGUACUGGGAACGGAAGACGGCUCCCAAUGGUGACAAGCUGGCGCCUAACGGAAGUCUCAUGAGGACUGCGCCAGUGGGACUGAUGUGCGUGUGGAGGUCAGAAGAGGAGACAUUUACCUUGGCGGCGGAGUUGGGGAGGGUCACCCAUGCGGAUCCCAGGUGCGUGCUGGCUUGUGUCGUUGGGAGUGCACUGGUGAGGCGGCUGGUGAGGGGGGAGGUGGAAUCGGAAGGGGAUAUAACUCAUUUGAUACAAAGGGGGCAGCAGUGGUAUAGGUCGAGGGGGGUCAACAUGGUUGGUGCGGUCAAGGAAGUAGAACUGGGUGAAAGAGAGCUGUGGGGGCAUGUGGGACCUGAGGUCACGCUGAAAGACCUGAAGCUGGAUGAAGAGAGCAAGAUAGGCUAUGUCUACAAGACUCUCGGUGCAGGAGUUGUACUCCUUCGGAAGGCCAUGAGGGAGCGGAUGAAGGCGGAUGGACCCCAGACAACACAAGAGCGGUUCGAACGGUUGAUCACGCAAUUGGUUAUGGAGGGUGGCGACGCGGAUACCAAUGCUUGUUUUGCUGGGGCGUUAUUGGGCGCGUUACUGGGGCGCACGGCGUUACCAGACCAUUGGAAGAACGGGCUAAAUCAUGGGAAUUGGUUGAAUGGUAAAGCGCGGGCGCUCUGUCGGGUUCUGGGGUUGGAGUAUGGAAGUUAUAACGGGAUGGAGGAUCUCGAUACGUAUCCGGAUGGAGGAAAGGGCUCCUGAGCAGUGAGGAAAUGAAUCAGAGGUGGAUAGAGUUGAAUGCAAAGGUCCGUAGAAAGAUGGAGGAUGCUUGGAGGAAUGAUGGGCCGAGUUCGCGAGCUUGACCACGUUUGAUGCUCAGGGCCGCUUCCAUCAUGUCAUGCCUCAUCGGCCAGUUCUAGUCCGCUCCCUGCAUUCCUGAG